CCUGUGCUUGCACGGCCGUCAAGGGAUUGCCUGGUUCAUCCCAUCUGCGCAUUUGACAAGUUCAAACUCGCCUGGCUGCACGAAGUGCGGGUCGGCAGCUCAGCUUCCCCCGGUCAGCAAACCUUUGAUCUCGUCUCGCCACCGCCGAAGCACCAUCGGGAAGUUACGUUUUUCAGCAAAGGCCGCCUGCCCGCCUUCGUCACAAAACACAACCUCGCUGACGAGCAACUGGCCCCAUCUUUCCUUCCAUCGUUUUUUGUCUAAUUCGACCGCUCAUUCAGCAUCUACGGGCCUUCGCCAGCAUCGUUAAUUACCAUCCUCGCAUUUCCAGCUGAUCGGUUCUUCACAAUCAUCAGUAUUCGGUUUUUAGUCGGAACAAGGCAUUCUCCCGUCAUCAUUCUUUUUUCGACUCUUCGAGAGAAAUACCAAUAGACCUAGCCGCCGCACAUUAAACGUUCGAUCACGUUUUCUCGGCCGCCACGAUUCGCUUCGGUACUUUCUAAUAUCCACACGACCGACCCCGCAUCUUUCUGAUUUCCCUCGUCAACUAGGGCAUUCCGCUUGGCCCGACAGUUUUCCUGAGUCACGUCCAAACAUAUCACGCAGUUAUGGACGCUGGAAGUCUGGCUCAAAUGUCGCACGCUCACCUCAACCAAGCCCACGGCUUGACCAUGGGCUCCGGCCUCGCAUCUCGUAGGGGGGGUCAGAACAUCAAGCCGCUUUCGUUCGAAGCCUUGAAGACACCUACCGACAACGGAGUGCCGACUCCCCGUACCAGCCGAUCGCAUCUGUUGGCUGGCCUGCGCACCGCACCGAAGUCGGCAACGGCAGGAAACUUCUCAAACCUUCCUUCGCCUACAACGACCAUGCCUCAAGUCCGGAACCGCAACUCCAUGACCCCCGGCAUGUAUGACGCGGCCAGCUUGUACGGACCGAAGACGUCGAUCCCUCGUUUUGCUAGCCAGCUGCAAGCCCAGCAGGUUCAGCAGUAUCCCCUCGCUCAGUUGUCUGGCUUCAGCCAACAAUACACGGCGGAGCAGGUCCUGGCGCCCCCGCAGUUGCAGUUGGACGAGACCCGGGAGCACAUUGACCCCGCCCUCCAGGCUCAGCUCCUGUAUACCAACGCCUAUCUGUCCGAUCAGCAGCAUCGUCUUCAGCAACAGCUCAAGGCUCUGCAGGCUGCUGCUCAGCAGUUCCAGGGACUCAGCCUUAAUGGCCAUUCUCAGAUGAUGCAGCAAGGCUACCCGAACAUGUACCAGCAGCAGCAGAUGCAGAAUAACAUGCUGGCGUCCGGCGCGGCGCAGACCGGGCUUUACGCCAUGUAUGAUGGCCUCACGGGGGCCUCCAACCUCUAUGUGGACCAAAACCAAGCUCAAGCCCAGGCACAGCAGGCGCAGCUCAACGCCCAGCUCCAGGCUCAGCUCAACGCUCAGCUUGUUAACCAGGCUCAGCUGGCCAACGCGUACGCGAACAUGCAGCAGCCCGCUGUUGGGCCGCCCCGCGUUCAGGUUUCUCCUCCGCCGUCCGCCCCUAACGCAACUGGCGCCCGGAUGCCCUCGCCGCCGCGCCGGCACGAUUCACCUGCCGAGCCUCAUACGCCUCUGCCGCCGGCGAGCGCCAACGCGUUCCGUCGGGGUCAUAAGAAGUCCCCGUCGGUCUCCAACAAGGCUAAUCUGUCGAUCGCGACGAACGAGGAGCCGCCCAAAUCUGCCGGACCAAAGACUGCUUCGUUUCCGCUCACUCCUGUGACCACUGGUUAUGGGCCUGGUCAAGGUCGGGCUGGCGAGCAUCCCAUCCGCCAGCCCCGGAACCCGCCCUCUCUGGACGAGCUCAAGUCUAAGCCGACGGCCAAGCAUGAAGGCAGCAAGAACUUUGUCACCCGCACUCGUCGCUCAGCCAUCAAUAACCUUGUGCGCGCCGGCCUUGAGAGGCGCAAGGAGGCCCGAAGCUCUGGAAGCGUCAGCCCAAUCUCUGAGAGCACCGAGGAGCUCGUUGAGACGCCCAUGACAGACAACGAUAGCGACUCUGGCCGUAGUGGGUCGGGCAGCCUUCUCGACCGCGAUGAGUGCAGCCUGCCCAGCUCGAGGACUAGUACCGGCAGCUGGGGUGCCAUUGGCUCUGAUCGCCCGAGUUCCCGCGAGAAGGCGGACCGCUCCAGCGUCGACAGCGCGCCCUCGGACGCGGAGAACGCACCGGGGAGCUUCGCGAGCCUUCUCAAGAACAGCAACCAGAAUGUUAAGACUGGUGCUGACGCCCAGCGCAAGGCCAGGCUCGUCCUCACCAGCGCCGAGAAGCGCAAGCUCGCUGUCUAGUCAACACUGGGAUUUCAACAAUGGUGAGCUGGACAAGUGGACUUUUUUACGCUGAUUCACGAUCAUGUCUUCUUUUUUUUGAUCUUUUUCCUUCAUCGUCCGGCUGUGGGCUCAUCCCCAAGUUGUUGGUUGCAGCGCGUUUCAACGACUGGAUCAUUCCCCCCCGAACACGUUAUACGAUGUUUUUUUCUGCGCUUUCUGAAAUGACUGGGACCCCACGUUUGCUAUUCAGGGUAUGGUUGCGGGACCCUCUUUCCAAUUUCGUUCUCAAGGAGGAGGGUGUUAGUUUUCGGCCUGUGAUGCAUUUUUAGGGGACAAUGCCUUGGUUUCUCGGAAACUUCGAUUCUUCGACGGCACCAGAAAUACCUGCCGACCCUUUCCCCCCUUUCAUAAAUGCUGGCACUGCGGAGAUCCGCCUUUGGGCCCGCCAGGUCCUUCGAUUCUUACAGUCCUUCACCGGCUCUCAAUGACAACCAAGUUUUCAUUGUCUUGUGGGGAUUCUUCUUCUUAGCUCGGGAACAGGCGGUCCAGAGCUUGGAGCAGCUGUGGCAGACUGGAGCACUGAGGGGGGGAUAUGGAUUAUAUGAGCGAAUGGAUGGGUAGCUGGGACAUGGGAGUGGUAUGACGAGGAGGAAAAGCACAAAGCAGACGUGGGUUAAACCCGUCGUACGCUAGCCCGGGAAUGGAUUUGGGAUCUGACAGCAAGGGUUUGGUCUCGGGAGUAGCAGAUCACCUCAUGAUAUGGGGUACGACGACCGGGCGCUGUUGGGUAGAUGGCAUAGCGUCUUUGACGUUAUUCAUUGGCCCAGAGAGCACCUGGUUUGCAAGUGGGAGAUGGGUGGUGCUUGAGGCGCCGGAUUCUGGCUUAUAGCUUAGAGCUAGGUAGCUACCCCUCCUUCGUCUUCCAUUCACUUCUGGCAUCAUUUGCCUUGUUUGAUAGUACAUCUUCAUGUC